AUGCCUUGGAACAAUAACACAGUUAUAAUGGAAUUUAUUCUUCUUGGACUUUCCAGUGAGCCCAUGACACAAGUUAUACUUUUCUUUGUCUUCCUGCUUGUAUACAUGAUCAUUUUAAUUGGAAACAUUUCCAUAAUUAUUCUAAUACUUUUUGAUGUAAAUCUUCACACACCUAUGUAUUUCUUCCUUGGCAACCUCUCAUUUCUGGAUCUCUGCUAUUCAUCUUGCACUGUGCCGAGGAUGCUGAAAGAUUUGAUGUCAGUAAAGAAAACUAUCUCUUAUGCUGAGUGUGCAACACAAAUGUUUAUUGCUCUAGCCUUAGGGGAAAUUGAAUGUAUUCAGCUUGCUAUUAUGGCUUAUGAUCGUUAUGUAGCUAUAUGUUUUCCAUUGCAUUAUACUACAAUCAUGAGUAAACCAGUUUGUAUUAGAUUAGCCACGGGUACAUGGAUAUGUGGGUUUCUUUUCUCUACUUCACUUGUUACUCUUACACUCAAUGUAAAUCGUUGUGGCAAUAAUGAAAUUAAUAAUUUUGUAUGUGAAGUGAUAGAAGUAUUAUCACUGGGUUGUGAAAAUAUUUUGCUUAUUGAAUUAGUCAUUUUUAUUGUUGAUGUUAUUCUUCUUAUGAUACCAGUGAUAUUUAUUAUAAUAUCUUAUAUUCAAAUAAUUUUAAGCAUUUUAAAAAUUGCAUCUUCUUCUGGGCAGCGGAAAGCUUUCUCCACCUGUGGAUCUCACAUGAUGGUUGUGGCAAUGUUUUAUGGCUCAUGUAUGGCUGCCUACAUGAAACCUAGGUCAAGAGCUCUAGGAGGAACAGACAAAUUCAUUACAAUAUUUUAUGGAAUUUUUACACCAUUGCUGAACCCUAUGAUAUAUACACUUAGGAAUAAAGAUGUAAAAGCAGCUUUUCUGAAAUUUAGAAUUAGAAACCGAUUCUGCUAA